AUGAUUGCUUUCGCUUUAUUACGUAAUCCUAUAUUUGCCAUUGGAGUCUUUCUUUUUCUCCUAUCAUAUUUAUCUAUAAUAAUACCCGCAAUAGCUAAACCACAUUCAUAUCAAAAGGACAGAAAUUAUGUAGAUGGUGUUAAAUAUACUGACCUUUCUCAAGUUGACCAUCAAACAGGAAUCUUUAUUGAUAUUGUUCCAGUUGAAUCAAAAACAGCUCCACGUCCUAUAAAACAUUUCAAGACUCGUAAAUCAAAUCAUUACUUAGAGAAACGAAGAAAGUAUUAUGAAUCUCGUAAUAAUUCUGAAUAA